AUGAAGGUGUACCACUUACCAACGAUUUUCUACAUCAAACCAUGUGGGACCCCCGGAUUCUUCGACACCUUCCUGCUUGCGCGCAACAUCUACAUCAGAGAGCAGGUUGACAUCGUGCACGUUCACCAGAGCACCUCGCGCUACGGCAGCGAAUUUGUGCAUGUAGCAUACAUCAUGGGACUCAAAACGGUCUUCACGGAUCACAGCCUGUUCAGUUUCACAGACCUCGGGCCAGUCGCGAUGACAGAUUACCUGAAGCACCAAGCGGCUGUGCUCAAUCACACCAUAUGCGUAUCUACCACGCACAAGGAAAAUCUGGUGCUGCGUGCGGAGAUGGACCCAACUGCAGUAUCCGUCAUCGGCAAUGCAAUCGACCCUGACAUAUUCCUCCCAAGCACAACUAGUCGAAAUGAUGGGCGUAUAAUAAUCGUGGUGGUCAGCCGCCUUACCCUCAAGAAGGGCACUGAGCUUCUGAACGAGGUCAUACCCAUCGUAUGCAAGCGUCAUGACAACGUUGACUUCAUCAUCGGGGGGGACGGCCCACUCUAUGCGAGCAUCGUGGAGCGCGUCGACAAGCUGUACCUGCAUAAAAGGGUCACGCUCCUAGGCGCGGUUCCGAACUACAAGGUCAACGACGUGCUCAAACAGGGCGACAUUUUCCUCAACACAUCGAAGAGCGAGUCCUUCUGCAUCGCCAUACUCGAGGCGGUUUCGUCAGGGCUUUUGUGCGUUUCUACCAACGUAGGAGGGGUGCAUGAGAUCCUGCCGCACGAUUUGGUGCUACUAGCCAACUACUCUCCGGAAAGCAUCGCCAAUCGUAUUGAUGAUGCCAUCAAGAUGCUGCCGUCCGUCGACCGACAGCAGCUGCACAAAAGGGUCCGAGAGAUGUACUCCUGGACCAGAGUCGCCGGCGAGGUUUCGCGCGUCUACGAAAAUGUAGUGCGGGAACCCCGUAGACCUGUUAUUGACGUCAUCAGCAUCUACUGGGACAUCGACACCAUAUUCAGGGGGGUACUUAUCGCCAUAAUCAUUUUCCUCUACGCGGAGUGGUGGGUUGCGGAGCUCUUGUACCCCAGAGAGGAAAUCGACAUCGCACCGGACUGGUCAGCCCAUGCAUCUAAAACGCAGGAAGAGAACUUCGAAAAUAAGGAGUCGUGA